ACGUUGCAUCGACAUAACCAUCCGCUGAUCCUCGGGUCCGUAUCUGCUCCUUCACCUUGAACGUAUUCUGUAUUCCCGUCGUCGACAUGUCGGAAGGAAGCGUGGCCUCGAUUGAGAUCAACGACGCCCUUUUCUGCCCCCACUUCAAGGAGGUUUGCUCCGACUGCAAUUUCGACGGACGGGAAGAGAACGAUACCUUCUUUGGGUUCGACCCGAUUGACCGCGAGGGUAUCGAGGCUCCUCAAGUCAGCACGAACAAGGAAGGACAGUACCAAUGCAAGAAGCAUGGAUCUAUCUCCUGCAACCAGUGUUUCGGCUGGAAGAAGCAGAUAUCGCGGGCUAGAACCGCGGCGAAGAAGGCAGGAAAGAAGUGAGCACGAGCGCGUUGCUGUCAGGAUGAAGAGGAAGAGGCCUUGUCGCGCCGAUGCUUGUACUGUUUGAUGUUGUCGCUGUGGGAAUACAUGCAUGUUGUACGAAUAGAUAUCCAC